AAUAUAAUAUCAUAAACCACAACUCUAUGAAAGAGCGGUUUUACAAUCUAGUCGCCGGUAUAAAAACGAUUGUUAAGUUGCUGGGUGUGAACGGGAACUCGUUUCCAAACAAAUACGUGUCAAAAAUGUCGGAAUUACAUUUGGGAAAAGGUUCAGAACAACCACCUAAAACCGAAGGACUUCUGAGGCUGUACUCGAUGAAAUUUUGUCCUUAUGCUCAAAGAGCUAGGUUAGUUCUGAAGGCGAAACAAAUUCCUCACGAAAUUGUCAAUAUUAAUUUACAUGAAAAACCUGAAUGGUACUCGAACGUGCAUCCAGAAGGAAAAGUACCGGCUUUGGACACAGGAUCUAAGGUCGUGGUCGAAAGUGUGGUCAUAAGUGAUUACUUGGAUGAAAACUAUCCGAACAAUCCACUGUAUUCUAAUGAUUCGGAGACUAAAACCGCCGAAAAAGAACUCAUCAAGAAAAUCGAUGCAGUCACAACCGUGUUUGCGAAAUGCGUUUUCGGUUUAGAAAAGAAAACACCAGCAGAAUGGCUAACAGACUUCCUGGCUGUUUUGGAGGUUUUUGAAAAGGAACUGGCCGGAAAGGGAACUCCUUUAUUUGGAGGUGAUAAACCAAAUAUGGUUGAUUACAUGUUGUGGCCGUGGGGUGAGAGAGCAGGUGUUGUGGCUUUGGCUUUGAAAGAGAAACUUCCGAUUGAAGAUGGUCAACUUCCGUAUUUGAGGCAAUGGCGGAAGGAAAUGAGGAAACAACCAGCCGUGGAUGCUAUUUACAAUGGGCCAGAGAGAUUCUGGAAGGUUGCCGAGUGCAAAGUAUUGGGAACAGUUCCAAAUUAUGAUACUGCUUGAAUAUUUUACUUGCACUUUUAUUUAAAUAAUUAAAUAAAGGAUAUAAUGAUGUU